ACCACCGCCAUUGGAAGAUAUGUCUGAGAUGCUGAGACAGGUUGACAAUUUGAGAGACAUUAGGAAAACGAAGAAAUCAAAUGCGGCACAAGCUGCAUUAAACAAUGCUAGCAGGCAGAGUGGAGAUAAACCGAUAAACACAGCUACUGCACAGAACAGUGCACAUGUUCCUCUGCAGGCAGGAGCAAGUGCUAUGCCCAGUGGAGCAGCAGCCAACGCGGAGAUGCUGUCAAAUAAUGCAGUGGGUGGAGCUUCAGGGGGUCAAGGUGCCACUGGAGGAGCUGACGUCAGACCAAAGAUCAAGAAUAAAAACCAAACAUUCGGGGGCUUUCAGAAAGGCUUUCUCUUCAAUGCCACAGCUUCGAGUGGUAAACACGAUAAAAGGACUAAUGAAACACGGAAUUUGACAGAGAGUAAUGCUGCUGGUGCUAAAAAGACAUACAAUAAAGACAUGCCUUUUAUAAAGCCUAAGCAAACCAACCGAGAAAAGGGACUGGAGAUCCCAGAGGUUCAACAGGCAAUGCUAGCCAGUGAAGGGUUGCUACAAAAUAAAGAGUGGUUGACAGAUGAUUUAUUGUCACAGAUUCAGGGUAAUGACUUGUUGGCACGGCGACUGACAGACCCCGUAUUUGUGCAGGCUAUUGGAGAGUUUCAGAGUGACCCCCAAGGGGCCAUGUUAAAGUAUCAGAAUAACUCAGAAAUUCAGAAAUUCUUUAAAGAUUUCUGUGGAAUUAUAGGGGAUCACUUUACAAAGCUAGGCAAUAAACAAGAUUUGGAGAAGCCGAGUGCAAAGGCCCGGGAGGUAGACAGUGCAGGGGUGAACGUCCUGAACAGUAAUAUAAACUCAGCGAUGGCCCCUGCUGACGAGGAUGAGAGAAGGAUGCAGGAGAUCCUGGCUAACCCAGAGAUCAGACAGAUACUUAUAGACCCCGACAUACAAAGGCUGGUGCAGACCCUAAGGUCUAACCAAGUCCAGGCUCAAAGCAUCUUGCAUUCAGCUGACCCUGAAAUGAGGAGGAAAAUAAAGAAGUUGAUAGAUGCUGGACUGUUGGUAUUUCAGACCUGAAUUCUGGGGUGUGCAGGUUUGAGAGAGGGACUGAUCAGUGAUCUGCCAGGAUAUCAGCCUGACAGGCCAAGAGGCUGGGUGACAGUCUCACCAUGUCCGCAUCACUGUUUCCUGCUUCAUGUUGCUUAUCCAGUACGCUCAUGAUGCUGAGCUUUAGUAUGGUGACAUUGCUGUAUGCGGUGCCCUGCGCUUCACAUUUCACACAGCUGCCAUGUUCUGUAUGACACAAGUCAAGAGCACGGGGGAAAAAUCUGCCUGACAUGACCUAAAGAUGCUUGACAAGUGCAUUGAUUCCAGUUGCGUGGUAAAGCCAAAAAGGCACUAAAGUGCAUAUCUAGAAGAUGCUCAGAUGUGUGGUAAGAGUUCAGACAGGUAUUUAGCCUGGGCUAAAGUUUCAGGUGUCAUUUGUUAUGUCUAUGUAUUAGGAUGAGUAUUGUUGAGGCCAGACAUAGAUACAAAUCUCAUUCUAAUACAUUUAAACAUAAGAAACUUAAGCUCAUUGUUGGACAGUAAUCCCCUUGAGUACAUAUCUGGUACAUCCCCAAAGUCGAAAUGGAUUACGUAGCAAAAUGCUCUUCUGAGGAAAAGGUUUUACCUGGUGCUGGGCAUUAAUGGCUGUUACUUAUGUCAAAUCUGAUUUAAUUUUCAUGAAAACUGAUGCAAAUUAUUGUGCAUUGUGAAGGCUGACCUUGACGUGGUGCAGACUGACAAUGCUACAUUUUGCUGGAGUGGUUCGUCAAGUGGAAGAAAAAAUAUGAAUGUUUUUGUCAUUUAAAGGUUAUGUUAGAAGAUUGAAAUUUGCAAUGGAAGGAAAACUGAUUACUUGUUUUUAAGAUAAGGAAAGUUGUCUAGAUUGUAAUAGAUUUCAUUGUAAGAAGAUGGCAUGGCUGGUCGGUUAUUUCAGUUCGAGAGUAUUAUUAUAUUUUGUUUUUAUUCUUUGUAUCUAAAACAAACUGUAAUUUGGUAUGUAUUAGGCUGUAGUUUCAGAGAUUUGAUCUUUUUUGUUUUUCAAUUCAUUUGUUUGAAGCCUUUAUAGAGUACAUGUAGUGGAGUGUCAUUUUGAAAAAAAAGAUGUAAACCAUUUAUGAUGCCUAUGUUCCUACAGUUAUUAUCUUUCACUGUGAUCUUUUGUACACAGUGGAAAGAUUUUUUGUGUGUGUAUCAAUGAUUCUUAUCAAGAUUUUAUUCCUAGCUUCCGUGUUCUUGAUUCUCUUUUUGCAACUGUUGGCUCCAAGACGCGCUAUCCCCUAACUGAUACAAGACAUUCCACCAGUUUGUUUUGUCUGUUUGUGAUUGCUUUGCAGGAACAGGAGGGAAAAAAAAUGUCAUCCUCGUCAUUGUGGAGUCACCGUAUCAGAGUUAACUCCUUUGUUCACUAAUGCAAGGCCCCAGUGCUUUAAAAAGCAAUCAUUACUACACUAUACUGUAAAAACAAUGUGAUAAUGUGUUUUGAAAAUUUAACCCUGUGCCAAAUAGCUGAAC